AUGGGUAUAGAUUUGAAUAGGGUCAUCAUUGAUGAGAUUGUGCUUCGAGUUUUCAUAGUUGUAAUCUUGUUUAGGAUUUCAACUUCAGACGAUCUCCCUGCAAAUUUUGUAUUCGGAGAUUCUCUUGUUGAUGCUGGGAACAAUAAUUACAUUGUUACCUUGUCAAAGGCUAAUUUUUUACCCAAUGGUAUUGAUUUUGGAAAACCAACAGGGAGGUUCACUAAUGGAAGAACCAUUAUCGACGUCAUAGGUCAGGAAUUGGGUUUCCGUUUCACCCCACCUUAUUUAGCACCCACUACAGUUGGACCAGUGGUUCUGAAGGGUGUCAAUUAUGCCUCUGGUGGAGGUGGAAUUCUCAAUCUCACAGGAAAAGUCUUUGGUGGUAGACUCAACUUAGAUGCACAAAUAGAUAAUUUUGCAAAUACCAGGCAAGACAUCAUCUCCAGCAUUGGCGUUCCCGCUUCUCUCAAUCUAUUCAAAAGGGCAUUAUUUUCGGUGACAAUAGGCUCAAACGAUUUCAUUAAUAACUACUUAACACCUGCAGUCACAUUUCCUGAGCAGAUAUUGCAAUCUCCAGAACUCUUUGUGACCACCAUGAUAUCAAAACUCAGAGCACAGCUAACAAGGUUAUUCAAUCUGGGAGCCAGAAAAUUUGUUGUGGCAAAUGUGGGGCCUAUUGGGUGUAUACCAAGUCAGAGAGAUGCAAACCCAGCUGCAGGAGAUAGCUGUGUCAGUUUCCCCAAUCAGUUAGCACAAUUAUUUAACACCCAGUUGAAGGGACUUAUUGCAGAACUCAGCUCAAAUCUUGCGGGUUCAAUGUUUGUUUAUGCAGAUGUCUACAACAUUUUAGAAGAUAUACUACAGAAUUACGUAGCAUUUGGUUUUGAUAAUCCAUCUAGCGCUUGCUGUUACAUGGCUGGGCGCUUUGGAGGUCUGAUCCCCUGUGGUCCUACAUCGAAAGUUUGCUGGGACCGAUCCAAGUAUGUGUUCUGGGACCCAUAUCAUCCAUCUGAUGCUGCAAACGUUAUUAUCGCUAACCGCCUCUUAGAUGGUGGUUCCAAAGAUAUUACGCCAGUCAACAUUCGUAGACUCUUCCAAUUUUAA